CCACUGGUCGAGUUGCUAUGGUGACGAGAAUACUGUGCCAGAACAUGGUACUGAGGACAGAGUUUGAGGACUGGUUGCUGAGAUCUGUGGAGCGAGUGAGGAAGGACAGGGGAUUAUAUGGUGAGGUCAUCAUGACCUACCUGCGUCUGGCAGGAAGGAAGGAGUCAGGAAAGAACCCCAGUAACCAGCAGUGUGUGAAGACAGUGGAGAAGAUGUAUUUGACCAGCACAGUAGACCUUCUCACCGAGACAGAUGCUGCUGUCAUCAACAUAGUGUGUACUCUUGUCCAGGAGAACUGUAUUGGAGAAAAGAAGGCAGCCAAGAUGUGGUCUGAGCUGUCAUCAGGUCUGUGUGGACACCAGAGAGGUCAUUUGGAGGUACUUGUACCCAACUGUCGGGGUGCAGGGGGACACCGGGAUCUCCCUCGGGCUACUGAUGAGGACACUUGA